AUGACAAACCAUCUUCAAGGUCCCAUAACCAGUUACUUCAAUCCUGGUCUAACCAAACAAGAAGAACAAGCUGACAAAGACAUGAUGAGCUUGCAAGCAUUGAAGAUCACAAGCACAUUGGCUUUCCCAGUGGUUUUCAAAGCUUCUUUAGAGCUAGGCGUCCUUGACACGAUUGUUGCCUAUGGUAAAGAUGCGUGGCUCUCGUCUUCGGAAAUAGCUGUUGGCCUACCAACCAAGCCCACCAAUCCCCAGGCGCCAAUGUUGCUAGACCGGAUAUUACGGUUACUCAUCAGCCACUCGGUCUUGAAAUGUCAUAUAUUGAAACCGGAGAAAAAGAUCUAA